CGUCGGCUCGGCAUGCGCCGCAGCGCCCGGGAACAAACAUGGCCCGGCGGAGCCCGCCGCGCAACGGUGUCGGCGGCCACGACUUUGACUCCAAGAAGAAAAGAAAAGUGGCAGAAAUUUACCAGGCCCUGAACAGCGACCCUAUUGAUGUGGCAGCGCUGAGGCGAAUGGCCAUCAGUGAAGGAGGGCUGCUGACCGAUGAGAUCCGCUGCAAAGUGUGGCCAAAGCUGCUGAGUGUGAACACAGAUGACCUGCCCCCCCUGCCAGCAGGAAAGGAGCUGCGGGAGGGCAAUAAGGAUUACCAGCAGGUGUUACUGGACGUACGGCGCUCCCUGCGGCGCUUCCCACCAGGGAUGCCGGAUGACCAGAGAGAGGGGCUGCAGGAGGAGCUCAUUGACAUCAUCCUCCACGUCCUGAAGCGCAACCCGCAGCUGCACUACUACCAGGGCUACCACGACAUCGUGGUCACUUUCCUCCUGGUGGUUGGGGACAGGUUGGCCACAGCUCUGGUGGAGAAGCUCUCGACGCAUCAUCUCAGGGAUUUUAUGGACCCAACAAUGGAUAAUACCAAGCACAUUUUGAAUUACCUGAUGCCCAUCAUAGACCAGGUGAACCCUGAGGUGCAUGACUUCAUGCAGAGUGCGGAGGUGGGAACCAUCUUUGCUCUCAGCUGGCUCAUCACGUGGUUUGGGCACGUUCUGUCUGACUUCAGGCACGUCGUGCGAUUAUACGACUUCUUCCUGGCUUGCCAUCCACUGAUGCCCAUUUAUUUUGCUGCUGUGAUUGUGCUUUACCGGGAGCAGGAAGUUCUGGACUGCGAGUGCGACAUGGCCUCGGUGCACCACCUCCUGUCCCAGAUCCCACAGGACCUUCCUUAUGAGACUCUGAUCAGCAGAGCAGGGGACCUUUUUGUUCAGUUUCCUCCAUCUGAGCUCGCCAGGGAGGCGGCACAGCAGCAGGCUGAGCGGACCGCGGCUUCCACGUUUAAGGACUUUGAGUUGGCAUCAGUGCAACAGAGACCAGACACUGUGUUGAGACAGCGCUUCAGGGAGAGGCUCCGAGGGGAGGAGCGGACAAAAUCCAUUUUGACAAAGCCAAGGACCAACCGUUUUGUCAAGCUGGCAGUGAUGGGGCUGACGGUGGCACUGGGAGCAGCUGCCCUGGCUGUGGUGAAGAGUGCACUGGAGUGGGCACCCAAGUUUGAACUACAGAUUUUCCCCUGACGCCAAAGGAAGUGCUUACCUUGUCGUCACAUCCCACGUCGACACAGAAUGAUGUUUGGAAGGACGUGUCUGGAAACAACCUGUCUCAAGAGUUUUCUGUUCUUGCUGCGUCCCGUGAUGCUCUUGGCCUUUGUGACAGAGACUGAUGGGAACCAGUCCAGCAGGAUUGUUCCCCACACCGACACUCACCUCGUUUUCUCCUCCCCAUGCAGGGGCAAGCAGGUGGACGCUGCCACUGUACGGAUGAGUCUGACUUCCAGCCUUGUGCAAGUGACCACGAGUGGUGAGCUGUGCGUGGGCUGUGCUGAGGCAAUCCUGCUUCCUCUGUUGGGAAGUGAGGAGGUGCUGGGAGUGGGAGUGAGGGCAGGUGCUCACCUAGGGGGGAGUGUCAGGGCAGGGUUUGGCCUGCUUAGUGGUGAGAGGCUUGUACGUGCUCCUGUGGAAUAGAGGAGCCCUCUGGCUCUGUAUCACUCUGGCUGCCAGGGCAGCCUGCCUUCUCCAUUUGCAUUCACCAGUGCUCUGACCCCCUUCUCUUUCCUUACAGGCAGCCUCUCAGUAGAACCAAACCUGUACCAAGCCCCUGUCAGCACCCCGCCGUGAGGUCAUCUCCAAUGCAUAACAAUUUGUGAUUCCACUGUCUUGUUUGUGGACUGGUCAGCUUGCAGGGGACAGGUCUGGCGGGGUCCUCUGCUGGCAACAGCAGCACAGUCGUGUUAUCAGGUCAGUGAGGUGAUGAAGGCGUUGUUCAUCCUGCCUGUGUCAGAUCCCAUCACCACAAGCAUUAGCAGAGCCGUUAACGCUGCUCAUUUUCACAGCUCUGGGAGCAGACUCCAAAGUGGAGAAUGGCUUUUUUUUUACACUUAGAAACAGUUUGCACAGGACAAAAAAGUCUGCUGCAGACAUCUGUCAUAAUUCACCCCCACGAGCUGAUCAGAUUCUGUGACACCCCUCAGAAUAACACAGAUGAGGGGUUUCCCAGAAAGGCCACCCCAGUGCUGCAUGCCCCACCUGGCCCAGCCUUGCUGCUCCCUGCCUGCUAAGAAAGCUCAGCAGCAAAUUCUGCUCUAAGAGCUCCAUAUCCACUGACACAAAGCCAACAGACACUCUAUGCCUCUACCUCCCCCCUGAACUGCUAAACCUCCCACAAGUGCCCUUACCUGCCCCGACUGGUUCCCACCCAGCUGCCUGCCCCUGCUGUCUUGUGCCCAAAGAGUUGUAGAUUUCUGGUUAUAGAAGGAAGCUCAUGCCCUGCAAGGCUCAGCACCCUCCUGUCCCUGACCACCUGUGUGCAAAUUCAUCACCGCAUCCAUGCAAGUUUUGGAUUGCUCCGUGGGCCCUCGCUCUGUGGCACAGGUAGGGAAGCAGGACCUGGUCCCUCAUCUGUGUUGGCAUCUCCUGGCUGUGCCACUUACUGGUGCCAACACCAGGGCUCUCUCUGCCUCUCCUGAGGGCUGGUGGCAGCCUGUGUGGCUGUUUCCGUGGCUGAAGGCAGAGUGCUUUCCUGCACGUAUGGGGGGACUGGCAGUAUGGGGCAGCAGCAGCCUCUGCCAAGGCAGUAACAGUGAGGGAAACAGGCUGUGACUUUGCACUUUAGAAAUUUGUGGUACCAGAGUUUGUGGUGGCUGUGCCACGAGCUGGAGGUGCUGCUGGGGGUCCCCUGCCACACCUGGGCAGUGCAGUGCCUGGGUGCCCUCUGCCCCCCCCCCCCCCAGGUGAGGGAUGUGGGGGGCACAGCGCCCUCCUGCAGCCUCCUGCUCUCUGCCCACCGUGCACUUUAGUUCCUGCGUUGCCCAGGGGAAGGGUGAGCGAGGGGGUGGUCUCUUGGGGCGCUCCAGUGACUCUGUACAGACUUAUACAUACCUGUGUAAAUGCAGAUUUGUACAAACCCUAUUGCUGUAAAAUAAACAGUUACUAAACGUUU